CGUUUGGACCUUUUUCCUCUUGUGUAGCUCUCACAAUUUCUAAACCGGGACGCAAUCCACAAUCCACAAAUAGUCUUGCAAAAGACAAUGGCGUCCUUUGCGGUCGACUGCGCCGCCGCAAAGGCUGGCGGCAUGCUGUCCGACAAUAACACCAAUAACACCAUCAAGAAGAACAACAGACACAGAAGAACAACAAGAAGAACAACAAGAAGAACAAGAACAAGCCGAAAACGAAGCCACCCCCUUGUCCCAUCAUUGGGAGUAUCCUCCGCAGCUCAGAUUUGGACUUUUUGCAGGAGGUCUACCGGAGCUUUGAUUGGUCUCUAGCCAACCAAAUAACGGCUAGUUUGCAGAACAGGGGGAGCCCGGAAAAACCAAACUUGCUGAGCCGAUCCUCGUCCUGGUGUCAAGAGUACCAGUACCUCUCGGUUGACUCAGCCGAUGGCAGGAAUGCGUUUUUGCAAUCGGCCAUGGUGCCGUUGUCUGCUUUGCAGUUUGAUGAACAGCUCGCAGGAAAACCAACAAAAGCAGCUCCCAAGACAGCAGCGCCCGCGGCUGAUGCCCCAGAAAAGAAGACAACACAGAAAGCAUGUGGUUCUUGUGGAUCUACCAUGGCACCAACUGGAGCCAAGUUUUGUCCUGGAUGCGGCUGCAGAUUGACUCAGGCAAAUCCACCCGUGGCGGCGAAAGCUGCCGCAGAGGAAAAGCCGGCGGAAGACAGAGCCCAGGCCACAAAAGAGAACGUUCAGAAAAGAGCAGCCGCAAAGGCAAAGCCAGCUACAAAGGCAAAGCAGGCGGGUGGCAACGUCCCGAGCAGCGCCGAGGUAUUCUACGAUGCGGGUGCCCUUCUUGACCAUGAAACGGCAACGGGCGACAAGGGUGCCGCCGAGAGCGGUGUUGCUGAAGAGAUGCAUGGUGCCUUCCGCGGCACCGAUUCAAACGGCGCGCUAUUGCAACGCGCCUUCCGCAGCACCGACUCAAACGGCACGACGCUUUCGCAACUCAUGGCUUCCACGGGGUCGUUCGACGUCUUCAAGACUGAUGUGCCGGUGGAUCAAAGCACCGAGGUCAGCCGGAAGAGAAAGGCCAACAACGACAUUGCAAGCGCCGGCGUCCCCAGAUGGGCCACGGAAUACGGCAUCGCCGCUCGUUCGGUCUCGCCCCAGCCAGAACCAACACCCAACAAAAAGAGCAAGACAAAGACAAAUCCGGCACCAGCUGGCAAUACGACAAGCAAGCGUGCCGAUCCUGCGGAUGAGGACAAGAAUCAUGUGGAGCCAACCGAGCGCGAUAUCUUGCUCGGCCGUGGAGGCAAAUCCAACUUCUGGCCUGGGAAUAAGGACUAUCGUCAAGAAUUGGAAAAGGUCAAAUCUUCCUACAAUGAUCCUUCCUUGAAGCAGAGGGAGAAGACGAAGAUGAGCAGAGCCUUUGUGCAGGCCAUGAUCUCCAGCGGGCGUCGCUUCCUCAAGAAGGACGGCAAGGGUUGGUUUGAAAUCACAAAGGAGGCAGCAAGGUUGAAAGUGGCACAAGCGCUGCGGGAAGAGAACACGGAAAAGUCCAGAGAGGACAAGCGCGAACGAUUUCCCCCCAAGAAGUAUUACAAGACGUGUCCGGGCCCCCGCAAGAGCUCCUAGACUCCAUCUUCUUCACCAGGCGUAUCGCCUAGACCGGCCCAAGGCAGGGCCCGCCGAAGGGCGACCACCACCACCGGAAAGAACCUUCCAAAGCACGCGCAGCGACCCCACCCCACCCCCCCCUCACAACAGAACCAACGAACACAAUCGAUCGAAAACAAGACAACCGGAGACGGCUUGAGAACAAAACCCAAAAACUAACUCAAGCUUAUUAAAACUUCCUUAGAAUCUGUUUUGUUGUGCCUGGACUUCUGGCGGU